CCACCACACCCCACCACACCCCCCACCACACCCCAGCCACCCUGACUCCCCCGCCCAGUAUCUCUCCCCUCGCUCUCUCUCUCGUAGCCUCUCGUGCGGAGCCUCCGAAACCUCAUCGUUCCAUCGCCACCUCGUCUCAAUAUCGCCACCACCACCACAACCACCGCCAUCACUGCCAUCACCACUAAUCACCACCACAACCACCACCGCCGCCGCCAUGCGCUGCUCCCUGAGUCUGUGCGCGCUGCUGCCCCUCCUGCUGCUGCUGCUGCAGCCUGCUGCCUGGGUGGAAGGUCAACGCAGUAAAGGCAAAGAUUUUGACGAUGACGAUCUGCUGGGAUAUGUCAACGAAAAGCCUACACCAAAGCCACCAAAGGGACGAGGCGCCGACUUCUCUGAUGACGACCUCUUCGGGCUCGAACCCAACAACAAGCCCCCCCCCAAAACACUCCCCAAGGAUCAGCCAGCUAAAGUUCAGCCUAACCAAGGGAGCAAAACGUCCGGAGGAAGUUUCAGUGAUAGUGACUUGGGUGAUGGUGGUGGCCACGGUGCCAGCAACACCGGUCAAGGGGGUAAGGCUGGCGGCGGCUAUGGCCACGGUGGUGGUGGCCAGGGUGGUGGUGGCCAGGGUGGUGGUGGCGGCUAUGGUCGUGGUGGCCAGGGUGGUGGCGGCUAUGGCCAGGGUGGUGGCCAGGGUGGUGGCGGCUAUGGCCAGGGUGGUGGCCAGGGUGGUGGUGGCCAGGGUGGUGGUGGCUAUGGUCGUAGUGGCCAGGGUGGUGGUGGCUAUGGCCAGGGUGGUGGCGGCUAUGGUCGUGGUGGCCAGGGUGGUGGUGGCGGCUAUGAUCAGGGUGGCCGUGGUGGACAAGCUGGAGGUGGCUAUGGUCGUGGUGGCCAGGGUGGCGGUGGUGGUGGUGGCUAUGGUCAGGGCAGCUAUGGAUACGAAGACUACGGGACUGGACAGAACCCAGAUACGGCGGACAACUAUGGUGCGGUGCUAAUUUGGAUCUCUGAGCAUUACGAGCUGCUGCUGAUCUUUGCCUCUAGAUUCCUGCUGGACGAGGGGGAGUUGGAGCCCGGCGGGAACACGAAGGUGUCUCCAGGAGCCUCUGCGGGCAUCGCGGGCGGAGUGAUCGCGGCUGUCGUGGCCGCAAUCUCCGCGUUCAUCGCCUACAAGCGGCGUCAGGGACGCGGCGUGGCGGGUCCUGGAGGGGUCCCAGGGCAGCAGCAGGGGUCCGGGGGCAACAUGAUCACGUCCCUGAUUGGUCAGUUUUUCGGUGGAGGAGGCAGAGCCGCCGCCAACGCGAACUAUGGCACCCCGGGCAGGGGCCAGCAAUUCUAGCAGCGCCACUCAGCAGCCAGCCAACCAACCACUCAGCCAACCACUCACUCAGCCAACUACUCACUCAGCCAACCACUCAAUCAGCUAACCACUCACUCAGCCAACCACUCACUCAGCUAACCACCC